UAACCAUUUUUUUUUUUUUUUAUAAAUUUAGGUGUUCAAACAAAUAGGAAUCGAUCUCAUAACUUUACCGGAAGUUAAUGGUUUUCGAUAUGUUGCUGUAGCGAUAGACUAUUUCAGCAAAUGGUGUGAGGCACGACCCCUUAUAGAUAAAAAAGCUGUUACAGUUGCUCGAUUCAUAUACGAUGAAAUUAUAUGUCGACAUGGUUGUCCUAAGGUUGAAAUAAGCGAUCAAGGUAGGGGAUUCUGUAAUCAGCUAUGUGAGGAACUAUUUCGUAUGACGGGAACCUCACAUAGAGUCACAUCACCCUAUCAUCCUCAAGCAAAUGGACUCGUUGAACGAUUUAACAGAACAAUAAAAAAUUCGUUACUUAAAAUUCAUCUAGAAAAUGUACUCAAGUGGCCAGAUGUAUUGCAAGGAGUUCUAUUUGCUUAUCGAACUGUGCCUCAUACUUCUACAAAAUAUUCACCAUUUUAUGUUUUAUAUCAAAGAGAGGCUGUACUUCCAGUAGAUAUAGAACAUAACUUAGAAGAAGAUAGCGUGUAUGAUAAUGUUUUUAUGGGAGAUUUUGAUGAAGUACAAUUUGAAGAAACGUUGAAAUGGAUGCUAUCAAUGAGAGGUAAACACUUUAAUAGGUACUUUAAAACUAAUAUUUUAAGGUGUAGACUGUAGAUUAUAAAUAUACUAUACAAGUUAUAACAAGUUUAUAACUAGUGUAAAUCUAUAUGUCUCAUCUACAUAAUGAAAUCAUUUAUUUCAUGGACUUUGACGAAAAUACAUUAGGUAUAUGGACAUUCAUUGUAUACUUUGUGACUUGUGUAGUAAUUAUAAAAAACAUUUUUCGUUAUUUAGCAAUAAAUCAUAUAUUAUAUUAUAAUAAACUAUACUGCUUGUAAGUUUGUAUGUAAUGCAAGUACGAGGUACUAUUGUGUUAAUACUUUAUAUUAUACAUUUCAUGAAAUGGAUGUUUAUAUUAUAUUUUGGUCAAAAUGCUCGAUCUGGUCGAAAUUUCAC